AUGUUGUCUUUUCAUUAUUCAUUACGCCCCAUAAUAACAACAAUGAAGUCACAGUUAAAUGCAUGUCUUCUGUUCGAACGAAAGUACAUUCUAUAUACGAAAAGAACAUACUCGGAGAAGGAAACUUUGGAAUCAACUAUGGUAGACCCAAAAAGAGUAGUGAGUUAUGAUGACAUGUUGAAAAUUAUUUACCAGCCAGAGAAGAUGAUCAUUGAUGUCAGGGAACCCGAAGAAAUACAGAGCACUGGCCAGAUACCAUCCAGCAUCAAUAUACCAUUGAAAUCAGUACAUGAAGCCUUGGAUUGCAUGUCAGAAGAAGACUUCAGAUGCCUGUAUUGCCGUGAAAAGCCAGCGUUGUCUGAUGAGCUCAUCUUCUAUUGUAAGACUGGAAGACGCUCUACUAUAGCUCUAAACCAAGCCCUGAAGCUUGGUUAUGUGAACUCUAAAAAUUAUUUGGGAAGCUGGACAGAGUGGUCAAAGAAAAGCAAACUUCAUUGA